AUGUCACGAAAUCGAUUGGGCAGCGUCAAAGCUUCUGCAGCUGAACAUGAGCAGAUGAACUCCCUCUGGCAUUCUCUCGUCGAUACUCUUCGUCUACUUCCAUCUGUGCCUACCAAUCCCUCCUCCCUCAAAUCAUCCUCUCUGUCCGAGAACGAGAGAGAGCGGAACUCACGUAUAAUUCAAUCCGAGAAGAAACAUCUAGACGAAGCUUUAGAUAAACUCAAUGUCCUCCUGGCUCUUCGAAGAGGUCCCGGCACCUCAAGUUCGUCAUCUUCAUCAGUCCCACCCGAGGGUAUACCAGGAGUGAUAAUUUCGAAUGUUAAAGGUGAACCUUCUUAUCCAUCUAUAGGAACUCCAACAAAUGGUGUAAAGAAAAAACGGAAAUUGUCUUUAUCAGCUUCUGCUUCUCCUGCACCUGCCGAUCAUCCUUCCCCCAUGCCCAUGCCAAUAUCAAAGGCAGGUACUCCCUUGAGCGCAUCGAUGUCGACGUCGAUGUCUAGAGAGGCGACUGGUAAACAGUUGAGGGAGAUUUAUUGGGAUCAAUUACCGUUACAACCUGGAAGAAGGGUCGCUUUUAGAUUACCAAAGAGUAAAUCUCAAGAUAUCAACAGUAACAACAAUGAAAAGGAUUCACAAGUCGAGGUAGCUGUCCCCGGAGGUGGUGGAGGAGACGAUUGGAUAUUGGCUACGAUCAAGAGGUGUAUACAGAUGGAUAAGAUGAGGUAUGAAGUUCAGGAUGUGGAUGAUGGAAAUGCUUACAACACAACUCUUCGAUCAAUUAUACCCUUACCCGAUCCCACUUCCGCUUCCCAUCUCUCCUCUCAUCCAACUAACCUUGAAGAUUUCCCUAGAGAUUCGCAAGUCCUUGCUCUAUAUCCCGAUACUACCUCCUUCUACAGGGCGACAGUGGUAUCACCCCCUUUACCUGGGACGGGUAACGGUCUAGGUCUGAAGACUACGAGUAAAAGUGGGAAAAACGAAUAUGCAGGAUCUAAAAAGGGGGUGUACAGGUUGAGCUUCGUGGAUGAUGAUGGGAACAUCCAAGAGGUUGGGAAAGAUGAUGUGGUUGCUGUGAGUUGA